GCCACAUUUGCCUAUCAAAACCAACAAUCCGAAUUGAAAGUGUGACAAGAACUGAUGCUGAACAUUUGCAUACACUGCAAUUCCCCACGCAAACCUGUACCACCCGGCAGGCAGAGGGCUCGGGACGUGCCUCGCCGGCUGGCUGCGGACACACGCAAGACCAACACAGGUGGACGGAAUUGGUGGAUUUGGGAUGUGAGGUUCUAGCUCCUCUGCCGUGAAGCAGCUCAAGUUCGUAGUUUUGGCUUAGCAGCUGCAGAGAAGCGGCUGGCAGAGGCGACAACGCAGAGGGAGCCCGGCGCUCUGGGGGGAUUGCCGAACCCUCCCGGGGGGCUGCCCAGGGCCCCCUGCCCAGCCCCUGCUGCAGCACGGGAGCCGGCAGCUCCCGGGUUAUAAAAGCCAGGCGAGGCCUGGGGUGGGGCUGGCGUCAGCGGGAAAUGUCUCCCUGGAAGCAGGUCUGAUCCUCAGAAACAUGUGCAGUCCCCAGGUGUAGAAGGUGAAGUGGGACUUCAGGCACCUUACCCUUGAAAUGCCAGCCUCGUCCCUGCUAGGAACUGCAUGUAUGCAAGGUUAGCUUCACAGGAAACCCAUCACUGACAGCCUGCCCAGUGAGAAAACUCCAAGGAGAAGUUGAGCGCAGACAACAUCUUGGAGGCAGUCCAUGGGGACUGUACCAGAUCCUCUGAGAUCUGCCAAGCUUUCCCUUGUCUCAGCUUCUGCAGAGGAGGAGCACCUGGGAGACCUGCAGUCUGCUAAACACCAGCCCCAGCUACCCAGCGACCAGAGGACCAGCAAUGGCUUCCCAUGCACACCGUCCAGCCCAGCUGCAGUUUGCUUGUCUGAGCUGAAAUGCGCAGGUGCUGCCGGCACACAGAGGUGUGAGCAGUGCCACAAGGACGAUGGGAGCCAGCUGGAAGCCUUUCCUCCUGGGCUCGCCAGCACGGCUGCAGAGGGGCGUCCUACAGCUGUAAAUCCUUCUGGUUGCUCCCAGCUGGCAGGCAGCGGAGCACCGGCAGCAUCAGCCCUUCCUGCAGCAGGAGCCCUCUUGUCGGGGCAGGGGCCAGAGAUGAUGCCAGCCCCUCAGAGCUCCCGGCAGUUCGUGCAAGGCAGCCAGGUGAAAACGAGCUCCCUGACGCAGAUAGAUGACUCUGCCUUGAAACCUCAGGGGACUGAUGAUCAGCCGGCACUUGAGGUGUUAAAUUAUUCUUCCCCCGGUGAUCCUAUCAGGGGUAAUGAAUCCUGUCAUACUUCUCAGGCAAACCUUCUGCAAAGAGGGGAAAAAGACAGGGGAGCAGAAAAAAAUGGUUCCAGUGCAUGUCAGUCAGCCUUGCCAGCAAGGCAAACCGAAGCUGACCUGGGGAGAGACCCACAGACCAGUUUGGAGGCGAACAGCGGGACUGCAGACACGGCGCAGUUGCAGCCCGCAGAUAAAGCUGAAGCGGUGCAGAGCAACACGGCACCAGCCCAGUUUAGCCACAGGAGUCCACAUCUUGUACACAACACGGACCCCAGGCCAGGAAGUCCAGGCCCCACCCAGCUCUCCAAAUUCAGAGAAACAGGUACAAUGACGGUUCAGCCAGAGAGCAACUCUUUGACUCAGGAAGCUGUAAGCAGGACAUGGCGAGAUGCUGAGGUUCAGGCUGUGGCUACCGUGGAGAGCAAAUCCGCCUCCACCAGUCCCAGCAUCCUUGUUGCCUUCUUGAAAGGGAAUCCUCCUCCAGAGGAGAAGGAAGAACUGCACGUAAUUUACCAAGGAGGUAUGGGGCUGAGCCAGGCUACACAUACUGACAGUUUAUCUCCACAACAAAAGUCCCCAUGUUCUCCUGGUAUCACACCAAAAUCGACUGUUAUGGCUGUGACUGCUUCAGCCCAAACCCAGCCUGUCAAACCGCCUGGGGUCCCAUCCGACAUGGUGUCUCCAGUGUCAGCAGAUAAUGCAAAACCUGUUGUCCCCCUCUCCCCUGCAGCCAUUACCUCCCAAGGGACAUCUGUGGGUAAUGCUGGAACGACCGGUGAAGCCUGCUGUGGCAAGGAUGCUGCUCAGCUGCCAGUGGAUGCUCCAGUCCCACCAAAGCCUGUCCCAGUCGAGCAGCUUGCUGUUGGCGCCAGUAAUCAAACUCCAUCCCAGUCUGGGACUGGCACUGAUGAACCAAGCAACACUUCCCCUGCUGCUGUCCCAGGAACUGAGAACAACAUGCAAGAUCUUGCCAGUGUUGCAGGAAGCAGCCCAUUAGCUUUACUCUGUAGCACAGACAGUGAAGUCAAGCAGAAGGAGAUCCCAGCCAGCUCUGAGCAAAAGCCUGUGCAAAGUAAGGGUGCAGGUCAAGGGGAGGCCAUUCCUUAUCAAUCUGUGGUAAAACCAAAGGAAGAAAACUUGGUGGUGCUUGAUCUUAAAGGAGGCAUGAGUGUUAGCAGCCAGCCUGCCACUGUCCACGUAACGGCGUGCUUGGAGGAUGUAGGUGAGAAGGAGAGCAGAGGCCAGGGAGACACCAGCCAGUCUCAGACAGCCAGCAGCCAGAACCUGCAGGCAGGACUGACACCUAAGAUGAGUGGGAGUUCUGCAGGUCUUGCCCAUCCUGCAGCAGCAUCGGCAUCUCUCCAGCAGCAAGGCUUCCAGGCCAGGGAGUCCAGACACGAGCUUCACACAGCAGCGAUUCCUGCUUCAACUCAGGCCUUGCCAAACCUGGGGGAAAACAAAAAGCAACCCACCCCAGCCAUGGAGGCAAAAGUGCAAGUGAAGCAGUCCAAACACGUCAGGGAUGUUGUUUGGGACGAGCAGGGAAUGACGUGGGAAGUUUACGGUGCUUCCCUUGAUCCAGAAUCCCUGGGAAUUGCCAUCCAGAACCACUUACAGAGACAAAUACGGGAACACGAGAAACUGAUCCGGGCCCAGAAUAGUCAGACACGGAAAUCCAUUUCCUCGGAUACAUCCUCAAAUAAGAAACUGAAAGGGAGGCAGCACAACGUGUUCCAGUCCAUGCUGCAGAAUUUUAGGCGUCCUAACUGCUGUGUCCGACCUGCUCCCUCUUCUGUAUUAGACUGACAUGGUUUGCAGGGGUGCCUGGAUCUCUGCAGUGGUAGAGAGAAUCCCUCUCCUCAAGUCUCGAGUCCUGCUGUUCGGUUGUGUUACUGGGGUUGUGAUGCAGCAACAGUGGAAAAUUAUUCCCCUUUGUUUUCUGACUAGCCACAUGCUCCAUCAUGCCAUUAUUAUUGUCGCAGCUGGUGUAUUCCCACAUUAUGCCCCCAUCCCGAUUACUGUCAGAUGAAAAGCUAGGCACUUAGCAAAAGCACAAAUUUCAAUUGCCACCUUGCUACAGGGAGAGCAGCACCUUCUGAUAAAGCAGGAAGCGAGAGAUUAUCAGAAUUUUUAUGGGAAAUUAUUUGUGUGCAUCAUGAGGUCUUAUACAAGGGGGUGGACUGGGGGAAGCUGUGGGAGGUGGAACUAAGGUUUAACACCUGUAAAGACCUAACACAAGACGGCUUUCCUGGUGUGUAAGUUACCUACGCUGAGGCAAAUCCAUGAACAGGCUAUGGACAUUGAUCACUGAGCAGUCUCACUUCUGCUGAUACUGUGGGGCAGUGUUCUCAGGUGAGCCCCAGGGAGCCUCUUGUUGAAAUGGAGAACCAGGCAAAGAGUGAGGAUCAGCACUGAAGGACUAUCUCUUUGGGAGGAGCUAAAUCAAUGGGAUUUUGAUGGCCAGAAGGGGAGGGGAGGGUGAGAGAGGGGCUUUUUGUCCCCUUAUGGGGACAAAAUAUACCUUAAGCCAUGCUUAAGGUAUAAGCAGGCAAGGCACAGGAGAGCAUACUGGUAGAUGUACCUACAUCCAGUGGGAUGGUGCCUGCUGGGGUGUUCCUGCCAGGUCUUUCAAAAGCAGUGAGCCAUUCUGGCUCCUCAGCUGGGGUGGACAGCCCCUGCUCCCAGCCUCCCACGGCGCUGAGCACGUCUCCUCUAAAUCACUCAUUAAAGUGAUUUGGAUCUUUCUUCUCUCUUCAGAGAUGUUCUCCCGUACGAGCAGGCUGUCCUGUCCAUUUGGGUUCAUGAGCCUCCAUGUCUAGUGUGGGUCUUUUUCCCUUUUUAAGUCCUUAGCCAACUCUACUUUUUCAGUAUUUUGGUGCUUUUCUUGCUGCCUUUCAUAAAACCAAUACCAUUUAUUAAGCCUGUGUGUAUUUUGUUUUACCUAACACUCUAUAUUAUAAACCAUUAUAUUGUUAACUUGAAAAAUUUACUUUAUAGCAGUACUGAAAUCUUGAGACAAUCUUUGCUGUAUUUCUGAAGUUAGAAAAGUUAUAGAAACUGCUAAUAAAAGGUAGCUUAGUGACUGUUUCUCCAGAAUUGUGAUAUACAAUGCCUCAAAUGUAUGUUGGUCACAUUUUUCAACGUAAUAUUUUUCAGCCUGGGAAAUAUGUUUCCCACUAGCUUUUUAUUCUGUCCACUAGAGUUCAUAAUGGGAGGCUGGGGAACUCCUGCAGUUUGUAGGAAAUUUAGUUAUCAAUCCUGCAAAGCACUGAGGAUUUGGAUACUGUAGUCCUGCAAAGUACUAGAGUUAAAUAGGAGUUACUUUUAUUCCAUUAAAUAUAUUUCAUGAAUCAUGAUAAUUUUUUUCUGUCUCUAGUACCACACACCUGACUUACUCUGUAGAUCUUACUCUUACAACUUACUCUAAAUCUUACAGGUUUACGCAGUGUAAAUGAGUAUUAAUCUUUUUUUUUCUUUUUUUUUUUUUUCUGUAAAAUGAACCUGAGGUAGUUCCCUUUUAUUUAGGAGGCCAGAUUUCUUGAGUGUAUCAACUGGCAACCCUUCAUAGUAGAUGUUUUGGGGCAGUUUUUCCCCAACAGAAAAGUAAAAUACUGUAAUAUACAGUAUUUUAACCCAUUUCAAUGAAAGGUGUUGCCCCUAGGCAUAGUACUGAAUUGACUCCCAGUUUUCCUCUGGUGAAUAUCUGGGGGUUUUAUGUCACGUCUUUGAUCAAUUUCUGUACGUUAAUUCAAGUCCACUCCCACUUGUGAUGCCGAAUUGCUCAUUCUGAAACAUCACAUUAGAGAGUGUCUUCCCACCUCUGCCUACCAGGAGGAUAGUCUCCAGCCUUUUUUUCUGUUAGUACUGCUGUUUCCACCCCCUUCCUAGCAGUGUCUGAGAUGUGAGUUUCAUGUGAAAUUUUGUGUGGGAUUAAUAUUGGCAGUAUCAUUAGGUCAGGUUAGUUGACAAGUUCAGUGUCUCUUCCCACAUUGUGUCCAUGUCAGACCUAACGAGGUUCCCCGAGCUGUCUGUGGUUUUUGCUGUCUGCUGUUCAGGUCCAAGGCUUUGUGCUGCUCCUUUUGCCUCCCUUCUGCCCCUUCCCUCACUAGCUGUUGCCCAGCCUGUCUUCUUGUGAAACCGUGUCCCUUGGCUCAGCUUGCGUCCCUCUCUCUGCUGUCACCCUUCCUGUCGCGCCGUGAGCCAGCUUAUUCUGAACUGUCCGUUUACAAAUAUCCUCAGUCUGAAUAUACAAAUAGAUUGUCUUAUUUUUUUCAGGAGGAGAAUAAACAGCUAUCGCACAUUCACCGAUUUCUAUGAACUUUAUCCUUUAGCUUAAGCUCUGCAAAAUAUUUCUACCAUAUGGGUGGCUUUACUAAGACCAAACUGGGCUUGGCGAUGAAUGAGCAGGGUGCUGGGCCAGCACUAGAAUUAAUUCUCCUUUGUGAGGAAUGGGAGAUCUCCCCUGGUUCCCUGCAGCUUCUUUCAGCUGUGAGUCUCACUAGCCAGUCCACCCACACCUCCCUUCCCCACGCCAAAUUUUCUUCUAGGAAAAUUUCACUAAUGCCUACAUACCACAAAGCAGUGGUGGACAAGUUACUAAGUGGAUGCAUCUGAACAACUGCAUGGGCAUAACUGAAAAAAAAAUUUACUGCUCAGCAUGUAUUCUGGGAAAAUAUAAGUGCAAAGAUGCCGAGUGUCUGUGACACAGUCUAGUGAGUGCAGAAGUCCUUCAGAUGUGUGUUUAAAGUCAAGCAAUAAAGUGCCAAAAGCCAGCACACAGAAAUGAGUCGAUAAUCACCAGCACAUCUCAUGGAAAAUAUUUUAGGUUUUGACUUUGCCUUGCUAGGGCAGACUGUAGGAAAGCUGCUAGUUUUAACACUGGUGAUUUUUGCUUGCUCCUCCAUACAGUGUCUGGAUGAAAAUGUGAAUCCUCAUAUGGAUGACACAUGUUUCAGCAGCAGCAAAACAGAACCAUGUUUUGGGUAGCAAUUAGCAAAUAUUAUGCAUGUGAGUGGGCUUGUAGCAGCCAAGAAAGACUUGGUGUCUUCAUCUGUCAAAAAUGAAAGUGUGCCUGGAGUAGGGAUAUGGCAGAGAAUAGGGGCAGAUGAUCUGUGUGCCACCACCCCAUUCCUUUUCUCUGCCCAGUGACUCAGAAUCAUAUUGCUGAUGGUUGGAUGACUAAAAACUAAGGAAAUCCAUUUGGGCUAAUAAAAAGAGGGUUCAAAACAGAAAAUACUUUGUCAUUUCCAAGAGUAAAUCUAUAUGGAAAAAAAGAGAAAAAUACCUGUGUUGCAGCCUAGCCAGCUGAAGUAACUUUUAAAUUCAUUUUUUUGCAAGAUGAGAAAUUUUGGGAAACAAGCUUAUUGUCACUAUUCCCUCUUGGUUGCAUCUUCUAGGAAGGUUGACAUGGACAGAACCAUUUAUAAAAGCAGUGAAUGAGAAUAGAAUAUUUACCUCUAGUUUCACUUCAGGAGCUUUGCACUAGGAAAAGAUGAGAAUAAUUACAUUUCAGUGUUACCAAUACAAAACCUGAGUUUUGGAGUAUCUUGGUGCAGGCAAUUUGCAAUAUAGUCCUGGAUUUCAUGUGAGGCUGUGUCGUAUGUCUGUGUGUACUUGGUUGGUAUCUGCCAGCUGUGUGUUGCUUUGGGGAAGAAAAAAGAGUGGGGAAGUAGCUGAAUAGACAAGAAGGGGAAUAUCUGUCUUCUCCAUUUCAGAGGAAAAAAACUUCUUGAAUAUACAAGAAGGAAUUGCUGAGAAACAUGGGGAGGAAGGGACCACAAGACAUAUAAAAUAAUGUAUGUGCUUCACAAGGAAUUCCCAUUCCUGUGUGUGUAAAGCCAGUGCUUAGGGUCUGCCCAUUUCCUCAUUCUGGCCUCACACAUUUUUCAUAUUGUUGGUGGUAUCCCGUGGCUUUUAGGAAAAUUAGCAUUUCCAAAGGUUAUAUAUUUGGCUAGUAUUUAUAGAUAUAUCCAAAUUCGAUUAAAUAAAACCUCUAGGCAAACAACCUCAGUUUAUUACUGCUACUGCAAUUGUAAAAUGCACUGUUUGGAGAAGUAUAUUCAAGGGAUUCAGAAAAAGUGAAUGUAUGCUCUGAAGAUAACACUAAAUUUUCUCUUGAAUUUCAUUACUAUGUUGAAAUGUUAAAGGUAAAAGUGGAAAUCCAAAUGAAGAUCAGUGUUGAAGGAAAAUUCAAAUUGGCUGCCACUGGUUUUCGGUUUGGAAACUUGAUGGAAUAUACCAUUACAGUGUUUUAUAAUUUAGCUCAGUGUAUGCAAGGUUUGUGUGAAAGCACAAGUUUUAUUAUCCUGUUAGCUCUGUUAUCUUGUUCAGUGUCUAUCCUUCUACACUUUUUAAAAAUUAAUGCAAAACAUUACCAAGACAGAGUAAAAUCUUUCACACACAGCUUAAUGGGAACAGCUUCUCUGAAAGGGACAACUGAUUGUCAGGCUCCAUGGGCUUAAAAAGUUACAGCUGCAGUUUUAGUAACCAACAUCGGCUGGUUUAUUUUUUGAUGUCUCUGUAAUGGCUCUGUGAGUGGUCAGUAUUUUCAGUUGUCCCAAAGAUGUGCACAUAUAUCCUUAUCCAAAUGCUGCACACUACCAAGUAUCUCUAGGAUCACUGGAUGCUGCAGUGGUUCACGGACCUGAAGGUCAGGGCCUGUACCUUGAACUGGCUGCAAUGUUCUUUUAGGGGCCUAAAUUAUCCCCCCUGAGUUAGUGUAGAUGUUUAAAAGAAUGAAGUAUUACAGCUGAAUUGAGCCAAGCUGAAAUUACUAUCAUCUGGGGUUUUUUAAACUCUUGAGAUUUACUGGUUUUUUUCUGCUUUGUGCAUUUCUGAGUAGCCCUUCCUUCCUAGAAUUUCUAAUGUGGAUUUUGCAUCAAAACCUGACAACGAAGAUCUUGCAAAGUGAAACAUACCUUUCACCAUUCAGGCUGCUUUUAAAAAAAAUUAUUACUGAGCCAAAUCACAUAGAGAGGAAAUAUUUUUUCCUCUAGGAAAAUGUUUGCUGUAGGUAAGCUUAUGUGUACAUGUGUCCCUUUUUAAAAGGGGAGUGCGUGUGUGCAAGUCUCAUGCAUCAUUCAUGCUCUAAUGACUUUUUCCCUUUGCCCUUCUGAUUGAAUGCUGGAGGCUUAGCAUUUUAUACAACCUUGCGGCAAGCUUAAAUCACUCUGCAAUACAGAAACAAGGAUUUUCUCCUUAUCUGGUCUCUAAAAAACUGACUAUGGGUGACAGCAAGCAUUGGAGUUCAUUAGGAAUAGAAUCACAUCGCCCCAUUUGAAAUAAUAGACCUUAAGUUUUUGUUAGUUUUCUGCUUAGACUGACACUCUUUGGAGUAGAAAUAAAUUACAUCUGCCAGCAAAGUCUCCAGAAGUUGUCUGCUGCAGAAUAUGAGUCUCAGAUGCUUCUCAGCAGCUCUGCUACAACAGGUGACCCUUCUGCUUGAGUGUCCUCCUGACAGCACUUCCCUUAGCCCAGUUCACAAUCAAUAAUUUCAAGUACAUCAAAAGCAAGUUUAGACACUGCCCUGAGGAAUUUCCAUAAAAAUGGAAGAGAAAGAUCUCUGUGUUUGUGGCACAUAAAAUCACAUCUGAGUUGUGAAAUAAAGGUCUCAGUGGCACACUGAAAAGUACAGGGAGUUUCUGCCCAGAGCUAAAGGGAGGGAGCAUAGCGGAACUUUUAAUUCCAAAAAACUAUGGCCGUGGAUCAGUCAGCAGCAGAAGAAAACUAACUUCGGGGCUUCUAACAACGAAUAAUAUUAUUGUGGCGUUAUUCAUUUUAUAGUUACACUGAUUGAACGUGAUGUACUGUACAAAAUAAAGCUAGUAUUAGGCUUCCAGGUGUACCGUGGCAUUCAUUUGAGACAUACCAACAGAAGUUUGCAUGUGAAGAAGUCUUACAGUGAUACUAAAGCAAUGUUACCCACCUGAUCGAGUCCCUUAGGAAUUUAAUGUUUUGCUGUUUUACAUCUGGUUUCCAUGCUGAGUACAAUAAAAUGAGCACUGUCUUAA